AUGUCUGACACGAACCACCGAACGGGCGUAGACUUUGAGGUGGAUCCGGACAAAGUCACCAAUUCGCGUCAGUUACUUCGCAACCAGGCAAAUCUGUUGCGACUUGUCAGAGAUGUAUGGCGCCGAAUUCAGGCUACCAUCUCUGCUUUUCCCAACGAAUUAAGAACUACAUUCUCAGCUAUACGAGAAGCGAUGAUGCCGACUAGUGGCAAUGGCGAUGAAUUAAAAUCAUCGCAAACAGAAAAUGGAGCUUUAUUUGAGCACGUCAUUUCGGCGUGUGUCUUUCUGCGGUUUGUUUGUCCGGCAAUUUUGUCACCUUCACUUUUUGGGCUGGCUGAAAGUUUUACAGAAGAUACGCGAGCAGUUAGGGCUUUUACUCUGGUCGCUAAGACAAUUUUGAACUUGGCUAACUUCACUUUGUUCGGUGACGUGAAAGAAUUGCACAUGGACUUUCUCAAUCGCUUCGUUGCAGAAGAGAUGCCAUCGAUGCGGGCCUUGCUGUGGCGCCUGUCAGAGCCCGGUUUGCAAAAUAACGACAGUGUUGAGAAUACCGACGUCGACUCCACACUCCACACUGCUCAACUAGUCGAUGUACUCACUGUGCUGAAACAUCCCGCAGCCGAGGCGGUCAGUGGUGCAGCCAGUGUUGGCCUGGAUCCCGUGCCUGUGUCCGCCUAUUGUGGACGAUGUGUAAGUGCUUGCCUGAAGAUCCCAUAA